AUGGCGGCGGCGGCGGCUGUCAGGGGUAUUGGGGGCGGUCUGGGCCGCAGCCUGCGGGAGCUCCGCAUCCACCUGUGCCAGCGCUCCGCGGGCAGCCGCGGCGUCAGAGACUUCAUCGAGCAGCACUAUGUGACCCUGAAAAAGGCAAAUCCCGACUUCCCCAUCCUGAUCCGCGAGUGCUCCGGUGUCCAGCCCAAGCUCUGGGCUCGGUACGAGUUUGGCAAAGAGAAAAGCGUGCCGCUGAACAACCUUACCGUGGACGAAGUGGCCAAGGCCUUGGAGAACAUUGUGAAAAGCAAGGUGUGAAGACAGACAGUAAACAUGCGCGUGCUGAAGACAUGACUGAUGAUCUUUAAUGUAAAACAUGUAUCUUUAACUUAUCAAUCACAUAAAUGCAAUGUGCUUAC